AUGCAGCUUUCCCUCCUAGCCUUCGCGGCAACCUCCUUUGCGCUGCCCAGCUCAUCAUCUACGAAUUCGCGAUUGACCGAGACCAACUCACCCGAUCGCUGGGCGCACUACGACCUCACCCGGCCGUUCAACAGCACGGCGCUCAAUGAGACCGGGCCCCUGGAGAAGCGCCGGCAGAUCGGGGUGUGCGAAGCUAUCGUGACUGCGUCCUCUUGUGUGGUGCUCAUCAACACCGCGGGCAAUGGGUGGCUAGUUGACUUCGUCAACAACGUCGGCAACCUAAUGUACGACCGCGCGCACUCUGACUUCGCCUGCAACGUGGAGACAGGCGCCUACAGAGAACUGCAAUUCAAGUUCCAAGCCUACGGGGGAGAUUGCAGCACCACGGCGCAGCGAGACACCAUCAAGGGCGGGAUCGAAAAUCACUUGAAGACGGUCGAUGGGGGCAAGAUUUGCGCUACGGAGUGCUUGAAGUUGGAUCAUGGCGGCUCGUGUGCGGGUUAUCUUCUCGUUGGGCCGGUGAAGUCUUUUGAUUCUACGAAGUAUUGUGGUCCGGAUCUCGACUUCUCGGGGUGUUCGUCUGGCGGUCAAGCAGCGUUUGGGUAG